AUGAUAAAAGGGAAGAUAAGGAAUGAUGAGAAAGUUGAAGUUGAACAUAUUGAUAAAUCAUUAUAUCCAGGAUUUUUUCCAGAAAAAAAUGAAUUAAAUGAAUUAAUCGAUAAAGAUGAAGAUAAUGAUGAUGCAAAAGAAGCCGGAGAUUUUACAUGGUUUAUUGAUCCUAAAUAUGAGAAUCCUCAAGGAAUGUUGUGGAGUUAUACCCAUGUGGCAUCCAGAUUUGUUUCAGAUCCGCCAUCAACAAUAUCAAAAUGA